AGUAUGACAGGACAGGACAGCUGAUUAUAAAAACUUGUAUAUUUUUAACUAUUUUAUUAAAUAAGUACUGGAUAUAUAAAGCAUUAUGUAUAAAGAUUGAAAAGCAAGUGUGUGCGGAAUACUAGAAGUUAAAGUAAAAAUUUUUUGUGGGAAUAACUAACGUGAUUGUUAAAAAAGUUUCAAGAUGACUCUCAUGGACUUUUUUGGAUGUGGUUUUCUGGCUUUUGGACCUCCUUUGGCAAUGUUCGCAUUGACCAUUGCUGUAGAACCUAUCAGAAUUAUUAUAUUAAUAGCUAGUGCAUUUUUCUGGUUAUUUUCGCUACUAGUAUCUUCGAUAGUGUGGUAUGCAAUUGUUCCACUAAGGACUUAUCUUGCCGUUGGACUCGUGUAUUCCGUCAUCUUCCAGGAAGUGUUUAGGUACCUCCUCUACUGGAUACUCCGUAAAGCCGAAAGAGGCCUGGAGAAAGUGACAACGGCGCAUGUUGCCGACAGUAGACACGUUUUCGCGUACGUCUGCGGUCUAGGGUUUGGACUCAUGAGUGGUGCAUUUGCCUUGGUGAACGUUUUAGCAGAUGCCGUAGGACCCGGAACAAUGGGCCUUCGCCGAGGCAACGAAUUCUUUUUCAUUAUUUCUGCAGCUACAACACUAGCUUUUAUAUUACUACAUACUUUUUGGGGUGUGAUAUUCUUUUCCGCCCUUGAUCACAAAAAAUGGGGUCAAGUUGCGUGGGUGGUUGGUUCUCACUUAUUUGUUUCUGCGAUGACCUUACUAAAUGGAAUUAGUUAUCAAGCAAUUAGUCUAUCAGCAUCGUACAUAAUUCUAUUGAUUACGGCUGCACUGGCCUUUACAGUAGCUGGUGGUAAAAUACAGAAUAUAAUCAAUUGCUUUAUGAAGAAAUAAAAAAAGGGGAGUGAAAAUUUGAACAGUUUAGCGUGUUAUUCAAACCGAGAUUCCAAUCCGAACCACUACAAUUUGAGAUAUCUAAUUAUAAAAGUAGAGAAUAUCGUCUCUGGAAGUUGAGUUUAUAUAUAUUUUUAAAGCCUUACUUAAUUUUCUGUUAAAUUGUCUCCGGAAGGAUACACGGUGCGGCUGAAUCUACGCAAUUGUGAAGGUAUAAAAAGCUUUCGGAGAAUGAGAUGUGAAAAGCGAGAAGAUUUAUGAAAGUGUGAUCAUGUCAUAUCUAUUACAUAUUCAUCGUUAGUUUUAUUGAAUUAGCCUCAUGAUAUCAUUAUGAUAAAUCUAUAAUAAGUAAUAAACUCUACAUGCAACGAUAAGGAAAAAUUAUUUUAUAUCGUUAGAUUAUCGAGUUUGAAAAUCAAUUAAUUGUAUUUCUCAGUAUUUGACGACUGUAUAUUUAGUUACUCAGGGUGUCUACCCUACCUGGAAAACCUGGAAUACCUGGAAUUGCCAGGGAAUUUUUAUAUUCCAGGAAAAACCUGGAAAUGUGAGGGAUUUUUUUUUAAGUCAGGGAAUUUUUUCGCGAUUGUGCUUAAUCUUUUUUUAAAUUUAAUUAUAAAAUGCAAUAGCAAUAAUUUUUUAUUUGUAAAAGUGGCCUUAUAUUGGUGUAUUUGACGAUUUUGUUGAAAAUCCGUUUUUUUCUGUUUGAAAUGAAUUUUCUUUUACUGAAUAUUUAACUAUUCUCUUAUUGAUUAAAAAUUGAU